AGAUAUUAGAGAAGCUGCGUAACCCCCCUCCUCUGUUUCGCCCGGUGGUCAGUCCAGAUUACGCUCCGUUAGAGUGCAUCCAGCUGAUGAAGCAGUGCUGGAAGGAACAGCCAAUCAAUAGACUGGGAUUCGACGAGAUCUUCGACCAGUUCAAGAACAUCAACAAGGGGAAGAAGACGAACAUCAUCGACUCGAUGCUGCGGAUGUUGGAGCAGUACUCCUCGAACCUGGAGGAGCUGAUCCGAGAGAGGACGGAGGAACUGGAGAUCGAGAAGCAGAAGACGGAGAAGCUGCUCACCCAGAUGCUUCCUCCGUCUGUGGCCGAGGUUUUGAAGGUCGGAGGCACAGUGGAGCCGGAGCACUUUGACAAAGUGACGCUUUACUUCAGCGACAUCGUGGGCUUCACCACCAUCUCCGCCAACAGCGAGCCCAUCGAGGUGGUGGACCUGCUCAACGACCUCUACACACUGUUUGACGCCAUCAUAGGAAACCACGACGUCUACAAGGUGGAGACUAUCGGCGAUGCGUACAUGGUGGCGUCGGGACUUCCUGUUUGUAACGACGACCGCCACGCAGCAGAGAUCGCCAACAUGGCGCUGGACAUCCUGAGUGCCGUGGGAACUUUCAAAAUGAGACACAUGCCCGACGUUCCUGUCAGGAUCCGGAUAGGACUGCACACAGGUCCCUGUGUAGCAGGGGUUGUGGGUCUCACUAUGCCUCGCUACUGUCUGUUUGGAGACACCGUCACCACUGCGUCUCGUAUGGAGUCCACCGGGCUGCCCUACAGGAUCCACAUCCACCAGAGCACAGCCAAGGUGCUGCGGGAUUUAAAUGUCGGCUACAAGAUCGAAUUAAGAGGAAAGAGUGAAAUAAAGGGUAAAGGAGUCGAGGAGACGUACUGGCUCGUAGGGAAAGAAGGAUUCAACAAACCUCUUCCUGUUCCUCCAGAGGUCAAAAGCAG